UACCAACUCACGUUCUGGAGCACUAAGUACAAAAGAAAACACUUGAAUCUUUUUCUUUCUUUCAUCGUACGAGAGCAUAGUCAAUCCAUAGUAUCCUCAUAAAGUUUUCUUCUACUUAACUAGUCAACGGCGGCAACGAGUGUUUCUGUCAAGCAAACUUAAGGACUGAAACUGAUGUAGGAUUAUCCUGGGAGUGAGUUGGCCAAUCCUGUUCGAGUAGCUAUCGAGAUACGAGGGCUAUCUUUCUUCAAGGCCAGUCCGAUUAUCGGACGAUCUUACGCUAAGUCUUCUUUUCUCUACUUUUUAUAUUAAUAUUUUAUUUCUAAUUAUUGUUUCCAUUUUAUUUGUUCUUGCAUUUGGUGGUUUGUCUGGUGAUUUGUGAUUAAACUCGGGAUUUUAUCUGACUAAACUCGCCGUUUAAUACUAUUUUCCUAACAAUCUUGAAGAAAGAUAUUAUUUCUCGAGUUUUGAAAAUCCAAUAUGACGAACUUGGAAAGUGCUGCUACUUCUGAAAACGUUGUUGUUGAGAAUAAUGUGAAUGAAAUCCCUGAAAAUAAUGUUAAUUCUGUGUCUGUGACUAAUUCUGGAGACACGCCUGAAUUUGUUGCUACGGGCUCUCGCAGGGUUGAUUUGACCGGAAUGCCUGAAAAAAUUUCUGGACAUUUUUUCUAGCGUUGGCAACAACGCAUGAAAAUUUGGUUAAUCACCAAGGGAUUGCUCUCGGUAAUUAUGACGGUGUGUCCCCCCGUUGUCGAGUCUGAUCCCAAGAGUCUUGAACGCCAAUCUUUAUGGCGUGAGAGGAAUGAAAUAGCCAAAGGAAUGAUAUUGUUGGGACUCUCCGACAUGUUAUUUGAUGUCUAUUGCACCCUCCAUGGCACGGCUAAAGACCUUUGGGAUGAGUUGGAUAGGAAAUAUAAUACUGAUGACCAUGGUCUCGAAAAGUAUAUUGUUUCCAAAUUCUUGAGAUUUGACAUGAAAGAGGGGAAAUCUGUUUUAGAACAGACACAAGAAUUUGAGCUCAUCUUACAUUCUCUCCGUGAAGCAGAUAUGGAAUUGCCUGAAAAAUUUAAAGUCAUGGCUGUAAUUGAAAAAUUCCCCAAAUCGUGGGAAGAUUUUGGUUUGACUUUAAAACACAAAAUGAAAAAGAUAACUUGGAAAAGUUUGAUGCAUUCCAUUACUGUUGAGGAAGAACAUAAGAAAGCGGGCUAUAUUGUGCCUGUUGAAUUUCAGCCAAAGGCUCAUGUUGUAACCGGGGGAAAGCAGUCACAAAAAUCUAAAAAUAAACAACCAUCAUCUUUUAAACCAAUAAAGGCCAAAUUAAAAAUUGCAAAGAAACCAAAGGCAAACCGUCCAUGCUGGAACUGUGGACAGAUGGGGCAUUGGGCCAAAUUAUGUCCAAAUAAAAAGGCUAAGACUCAAUCUGGUGGACCUCAAGUCAACGUGGUGACUGGAGGAACUAGUUCCGAUGGGUAUGUUUCUAUUAACCCUCAAGUUGGUAGGUACAAUAUAGGUUCUCAUAAGCCGCCCAAGUUUUCCAUGCAUGGAAGCCUCACAAUGUAUAGUGGAGUAGGAGUUCUGAAGUGGGGGUCGCCAUGUACAUCAACUAUUAGGAUUUAGGAGGAAGAGAGCUGGUUUAUCAAUCAAUGGGACGAUUUCCUCCUGGGGAUAUAGGUGGCGUGAAUGUGUAAAACUCAUCAAAAUGAAAGAUGCAAUUGGAGAUAGUUUAUGGGGGUUCUUCGCGCACCCCACAAUUGCUUUACGUAACUAUGGGCGGACAAAUUUAGCCUUCUUAAUUAAUAAUCAUAAUUAAUUAUAAUUAAAACGAUAAUUGAAAUUGCUUGGCGCACCUCCAGACUCCACGCUCGGCUCCAUUGAGAAGGAUUCCCAUAUCAAUUUUACAUUUAAUAUACAUCCAAUUAGACCUGCACAAAAGCGGGUUCAGGCCGGGCUCGGACCGGGCUUUUCAUAAGUUUUCUGCCCAUCGUGUGUGGGCAGCCCCGGCCCGGCCCGCUAAAACGGGCCUAACCCCAUGUCCAUACCCACCUGUAAGAGCGGGUCGGGUAGUCCACCGGGGCACCGGGCCCGGGAAAACUUUAAAUAUUUCAAAAUUAUAUAAUUUAUUUAAUACUUUAUAAAUAAUAUUACAACAUUUAAAAAAUUGCUAAUACGCUUAUAAUGUGACACCGCACCCGUAUGGACUUGAAUUUGAAAGUUGAUAUGUAUUUGAAUUUUCCUAACGAAUAAAAUUCGUGUAAUCGAUUGGUAUAUUUAAUUAAUGCAUGAUAAAUUAAAUUAUUUAUCGGGUCCAGUAUAUGUGGCUGGGCUACCAAAUACUUAGUUGGGUUAUCAUAAUAAUUAUAGGAGCCCAAAUAAAGUGUCAACCAAAGUUGAUAAAAAUAUUUGGACAACCCGGGUGCUAUUUUGGCCCAACCUACCGAAAAUAGCAGGAAUAAUCGGGGGAAACUUCCUACACUCACUUGGGGUAUUCUACACAUCAAAUAGCCACAAAUAAUUGAGAGUGGGACAAAAAUAAAUGGGAAGGGGCGGACUAAUGAGUGAGGGGAUGGUUAAGGACAAAGCCACACCCCCCAUGUCUCAUUCAUGCAUCAAUUUGCUUAAUUGAUUGAGUGAGGUACCUCCCCCCUUUCAUUUGCAUCCUAUACGAACCACUCAAGGGAGAUAAGCUCUAGGGAGAGCUCUCAAAAAGUCCAAGGUUGGAGGAAGCAAGAAGGAAGUAUUUCCCAACACAAAAAAGCUAGGAUUUGAGGAGUUGAAACCGCCGGAAACCGCCACGUAUAGGAGGCUGUUCGUAGCUGCAGACCACGAAAGCCGCCCACCUUUCACGAAAGCUGCCCGGCUUUCGUCUGCUGUCCAGAUUUUUGAUCUCCAAUCGGUUUAGAACGGGGAUUGAUCGGAGGGCUUAACAAAGGCAACUAUUUCAGCACUUCAUAAGUUUCAGGUAGAACUUGAAGAGUUGCUGCCACCACCCGUUGCUUCGGGGUGAUCAAGGGAAGAAGACGUGGUUCGUGCUUCUUCCGUUUCUGUUUUGAAAACAAUUUGAAUAAUGCUCAUGGAUAUUAUUUUUGAGAUAAUCAUUCGGGGGCUUAUAUGCCCAUGUUUGCCGAGUGUGGCAUAAACACUUGUAUUAAAUGUUUUCGCUGCUUAAAUGAAUAUUUUACAUUAUGCUUGUUUAU